CUCUCCUCUCCCCAGCUCUUGCUGCUGCUACCCUACUCACCCGAAGAUGACGGAGUUCGAAGAGGCAAAGGUUGUGGCUGACCCGGAAGUUGAGGACAUCGAGGGGGACUCUGACGACGACAUCCCGGAGUUGGAGGAGCAGGUUGGAGGCGAUGACUCUGCGGAGCCCAAGGGAGGCAAGCAGAACCGCAACGAGAAGAAGGCGCGAAAGGCCGUGCAGAAGCUCGGCAUGAAGGCGGUCCCGUCCAUCAUGCGCGUGACGGUGAAGAAGAGCAAGAACAUCCUGUUCGUCAUCUCCAAGCCCGACGUGCACAAGAGCCCGUCGUCCAACACGUACGUCAUCUUCGGGGAGGCCAAGAUCGAGGACCUUUCGGCGCAGGCACAGCAGCAGGCGGCGGAGCGGUUCAGCGCGCCCGAGGCGGCGGCUGCUUCCGCAGCAGCCAUCCCGGCCGUAAACACGGGCGCGGAUGUGGACACGGACGAGUUGGUGGACGAGACGGGGGUUGAGCCUAAGGACAUCGAGCUCAUCAUGAGCCAGGCAUCUUGCACACGGUCGGCGGCAGUCAACGCGUUGAAGAAGAACGACGGAGACAUCGUUAACGCCAUCAUGGAGCUCACCAUGGACUAAACCCGGCAGUCACGAUAUCUAGGGAGAGAGUGGGGGCAGCAUGUGGAGGGAGGGGGGGAGUGGCGAGGGAAAUAGCGGGCGCGAAACGAGUGCGAUCGAGGAAAUCGUGCUGGUGGCGUGAAGAGUUUUUCUUUUUGAGCAGAGGAGAGCGGCCCAGCGAUGUGCUCUGCUCGGCUCGUGUUUGAGUCGGCUGGCUCGGCGAUUCCUCCUUUGGCGUCGACGAGAAGCGGCGGGAUUUACCACCCUCUCUCUUCUUCUUGGGAGCGCUGCACCAGCAUGAUCAUCUUGUGCCUUUGACGUCGAGAGAGUGCCGGCGUGUUGUCAUCGAUUGGGGUGUGGGCGGGGUUCUUAGAUAGCGCGCAGGCGAGCCGGCGGAUGAGCCAGGAACGACUAGGAGAGCAAGCCUGCAUCCGUUGCAACCACGCGCGGCUCCAGUUGGUACCACACCCUGCGUGUCAUCAUAGCGGUUGUCUCUCGCAACCCGUUUUCUCGGACCCUUUUCCUGCGAAUCAUUUCUCUUUUCCUGUCUUU